AUGGAACGGACCGCCGGCUACGACUUCUGCGGUGUGCACAUAGGAGAGGUCGAGAUGAUGGGAGGGGUAGCUCCCAAACCUCCCCAGCUGGGAGAAGGGGUGAGGGGGAAGGGCCACGGGGCCAUGGCCUCCAAAUGCUUCACGACAUCAGCCACAGCGUUCGCCGACGUCGAGAGCAGGAGCAAGGAGGCUGAGGAGACGGCUAGAGCUGAGGAGGAGGUGGGCAAGAAGAGGAAGACCUCCACAUGGAAGGACAAGGGAAAGAGGAUUCCUUGCCCGCACGACCCCAGUCACACCAUCUACGAGAAGUCGCUGGGCAAGCACGUGCAGCACUGCCCCAAGUACAAGGAGAAGCAGGAGCAGCGCUCGCUUCCCUUCUACUCGGAGAACAUCAAUAUGAACCAGGACGCUGCUGCGAGCUCGCAGCUCCUGCGAGAGGAGGAGGAGGAUCUCAACGACAUGGACGAGAGCGAGAUGAGGUCCAGGAACAAUUGGCGAGGUCAGAGUCACAAGGGGCAGAAGGCAGGGAGCAGCGUGCAGCGGCACAUCCAGCAGCAGGCCUCCAUCGUCGGUCACCUCGAGGAGCUGAAGCUAGUCGGGGACCAGUUCACCUACGUCGAGAUGGGAGCAGGACGCGGGAUGCUCUCCAUAGCCGUGCGGGAGGCGGCGCCGAGGAGCUCGGUGCUGCUGGUGGAGAGAGGAGCAUGCAGAAACAAGGCGGACAGGCUGCUGUCCUGCAACAAGGAGGCGUUCUUCCAGCGGAUUAGGAUGGACAUCGCGCACCUGGAGCUGAGAAAAGUCCCAGUCAUGCAUGACGCAGCUGUUGUCGUGCUGGGGAAGCAUCUCUGUGGAGGAGCGACGGACCUAGCGGCUCGAUGUGCUGUGAACACGCUGAAGGAUGCAGAGAGCGAUGAGGGAGGAGGAGGAGGAGGAGGAGGAGGAGGAGGAGGAGAUCUUCGAGGAAUAGCAAUUGCGACAUGCUGCCAUCAUCGCUGUGAUCCCUCGAGCUAUGUGCUCCCUGGAUGGGUCGAGGAGCGGCUGUGCGAGGAAGGAGUGCCUGCGCAAGAGGUUUCCUUCGACCUGAUCCGCCUGAUGACGUCAUGGGCGUGCUGCGGAUGGAGGGAGGAGGCAGGCGAGCGGAUGGAGGGAGGAGGAGGAGGAGGAGAGGAGGGAGGAGGAGGAGAGGAGGGAGGAACAGCGAAUCCAGGCGCUUCAGCUCCCUCCUCUUCAAUCGACAGCCACCCAGCGUCCUUCCUGCCCCGCACUCGCAAGCAAGAGCUGGGGAGGAUGUGCAAGCGGAUUCUCGAUAUGGGGAGGGUCGAGUGGCUGAGGAGGAAGGGGCUCAAGGCCAAGCUCGUGCACUACUGCGACGCCAGCUCCGUGUCACCUGAGAACUGCCUACUGCUGGCACGGAAGGAAUGA